UUCAGACCAGGCAGAGACACUGCCGUUAUACCUUGCAUGGCCAAGCGAUCAUUACUGGAGUAGGAUCCCAAGGGUCCCUCUCCCUAAAGAUGGCCUUAGCUAUUGGGAGCCGGGCCCAGAAAUGCAAAGCUUUUUGGAGCUUGAUAAGGCUGACAGGGAACGAACCAUUGACAAUUCUCCCUCUGACCUCAGAAACGGAGGGAGCUGCAGAGAAGGCCCAUUACAAAAUCUGUGACCGACUAAAGCUUGAGAAGAAGCAGCGUAGGAUGUGUCGACGAGACCCCGGAGUGGCGGAGACCCUCAUGGAAGCCAUCAGCAUGAGCGCCCAGGAGUGCGAGUAUCAAUUCCACUUUGAACGUUGGAACUGUACGCUAGAAGGAAGAUAUCGAGCCAGUUUACUAAAACAAGGUUUCAAGGAAACCGCGUUCCUCUAUGCCAUCUCCUCAGCAGGGCUUACCCACGCCAUGGCUAAAGCGUGUAGCGCUGGCCGGAUGGAGCGCUGCACCUGCGACGAGGCCCCGGACCUUGAGAACAGGGAAGCCUGGCAGUGGGGUGGCUGCGGAGACAACCUGAAGUACAGCAACAAAUUUGUCAAGGAGUUUCUGGGAAAGAAGGCUGACCGGGAUCUCCGAGCACGAGUGGACCUACAUAACACCAACGUGGGGAUCAAGGUGAUAAAAUCCGGGGUGAAGACCACUUGCAAAUGCCACGGGGUGUCCGGUUCGUGCACGGUCCGCACCUGUUGGAGACAGCUGUCCCCAUUUCACGAAAUUGGAAAGCAGCUGAAGCAAAAGUACGAGACGUCGCUGAAAGUAGGGAGCACAACCAAUGAGGCUACCGGAGAAGGGGACAUAUCUCCGCCCAAAAAGCCCGUUUCUGGACACAGUGACCAAAUCCCCAGGACUACAGACCUAGUUUACAUUGACGAUUCGCCAAGCUUUUGCCUGAUGAGCAAAUAUUCCCCCGGUACUUCGGGAAGGAGGUGUUACAAAGACAAAAACUGUGAGAGCAUCUGCUGUGGCCGUGGGCAUAACACCCAGAGCAAGGUGGUGACGAGGCCCUGCCAGUGUCAGGUCCGCUGGUGCUGCUAUGUGGAGUGUAAACAGUGCACGCAAAGAGAGGAGGUAUAUACCUGCAAAGACUAGCUGGCUCCCUGGAUAUGUCACGACGCCAUCGCAGCACGCGGGGAGAAAAAAAAACAGGGUUUGAUUGACUUUAUUGGAGGGCUAUAUUGUGACACAAGCACUUUGUCGGGUAUUGAUUUACCCAAUUGUGUUGUUGUUGGUGUUCUGAGUUUUGUAGGGUGAGGUGGGACCUUUCAAGUAUAACAAAUUAGUGCCUGGGUUGAUUGUGGACGUUUCAUGCCGCCUUAUAACAUUGGUCAUCUUGCGUCCCUUUGUGUUCUCGCCGCAGUCUCUGAACAUUUAGGUUCCGAAAAAUGGUGACGCCAUCUGCUAAGUUGCUCCUGGAUCUCUGACUGGAGACAUAACGUUGCUAGCACAGAAAAAGAGAAAAGACAACUCUAAGAUUAACUGGAUGAGAAGGGAACAAUUCUAUUCUCCAGAUUAGCGCACGUGUUUUGUUCCGUUUCUACUUUUUGUUUUCCCUUUUCCGUAAAUGGAUGCACGAGUGUAGCCCGCAGACCGUCGCAGUGGGGUUUUUUAGUUGUUUGCGGCAGGAUGCUUAUGUAUUAAAAGCCGUGCAAAAACCAAAUAACAGCUUUUUGGAAACUGAACUUGUGAUUUGAUGUUUUGCGCUAUCGGAUCACAUCGUAGACGAGUAAAGAUCAACAUAGCUUACAAAGUGAGUUGUCUUUAGAUUACAGCAUCGGUGAAAUCCAGAUGCCUUUUAUUUUUAGCACUAUCACUGUCUUAAAAACCACUAGAAAAGUUUAUUUUUCAUUGUAUAAUUAUAUAAAUAUAUAGACGUAUAUUUUGAUUUUUUUUUUUUUUCUACCUUGAUUUAAAAAAAAAAAUCUGACCCUGUGGAGGUAAUUAUAUAGCUCAUCUAGAGUCCUAUUUUCACAGAAUAAUACAUGUUUGCCCAUUAUCCCUUUUUAACGUUUUAAUGUAAACUAAUAACACAGAGGUCUUGGUUAAAAGCAAGUUGACAAUCCAGGCUAAUCCGGAGAGAAAGUGAUACGUACACUGUUAUCACUUCAUUCCACUUACUGUAAUGCUAGGAGCAGUAGAGCCUAAUAUAGAUCCUGUAUCAGCCUCCUAAAAACCACUAUAUUACAGACUACGGUGUCAUUCAUCAAUGUGCCAGCUACACAAAUCUUCAAGUAAAAAGUUUCCAAACCACAAAAGACAAGAGCAGAUCCCUCGUCCCUUGUUAAACUGUGAAAUAGGCAAAUAUUUCAUAAAUAUAGUGAAUAGGAGACCUGAUCCUAAUGAAUGUUACUUAGAAAAACUUUUAGAAGCACGAAAAAGCUACUCUGGUUGAUCUUAAGAAUAGAUGGUUCUGUGUAAGUGUAUAGUAGCAUUAUGAAAGGGAAUCCAGCAGUGGAACUGUCACGUCUUACACCCAAGAUACAGUAUGUGCCUAUUGCGUUUUGAAUUUAAAAAAAAACCUGUUGGUCUCUGUAUCGUCAGAUAGAUCCGUAUAGUUUUAUAAGUUAAUCAGGGGUAGAUAUUCCUUCUGACAAUGGGGUGUACCACAAUCAAGCAUUAAAUAAGAUGUUUUACUUUGUGUUUGGACCAUGUACUGUCUAGUCCGUUAGCAGCCUUUAUCUCAGUCAAGGCUCACCGUUGCAUAGACAAAUUGCUCACCACAAUGGACUGUAAGUCUCAGCAUGAGUAAUACACUCCCAGUAAUAUCUAAGACUCCUUGUUAAAGAAGAGAGAAGACAGAUCUAUUUACAGAAUAGUUCCAUGUGUAGCUGCCGCAUUCACUGUGCUGUAUCACACUUUGGAUUCACGCAAAUGUAUUUCCCAGGCAGAGACGACACUAACUAAAAAAAUUAUUAAGGACAAGUUGCAAUUCAGAUUUUAGAGGUAGCUGAAUCCCUUAUGGUUCCCAAUAAUUCAGCGAAGACACUUUUACUGUGUGUUCACCUACCAUCCAGUACUGAGACUAGACACCACAAAAACUAAUGAUGACAUAAAAACUCCGUCUCCAGUAAAUCUUGCCACCGAAACGCCCAGAGCAUCAUUAAUAUCUGCACAACGCAUUUCGCAGCAAGGCUUCCCACUAACAGACAUAUGGACUCCACAGCAGAGACCAAAUCCAUAUAUAUAUUUAAUAACUAUAUAGAGUAAAUAGUAAUGAUCUGGUCAUUAAAGAUCAUAACUGUAUUCUGUGUGUGUGUAUAUAUAUAUAUAUAUAUAUAUAUAUAUAUAUAUACACAUACACACAUGUAUAACAUUUAUUUAUUCAAAAGCAUUUUGAAGGACCUUACUAUGGUUUUAAUGUGGUAUUACAUCAAGUUAUUAACAGUGAUAAACAUAAUCCAUUUUUAAAUAGAGAUAGAUAUAUAUAUAUAUUUGUUUGAGUAGACACAGAUUUUGUGCCUUCAGUACUUAUGAAGAUAAUGCAUGUCUGUGUGUUUAGGGAGAAACACGUUGGGUGAAUGGAUCAGAUACAUUAAAUGCACACGUUUUUCUAUCGACAUAUUUUCAAUAGUCCCAGGAAAUGCAAAAUGUGUUAGUGCAGGAGAGGAUGAAUGAACUACUGAGCGGGUAAAGCUCUUAUGAGUAUAGUAUUUCACGCACUGAAGCCUAGAUGCUUUCUGUAUUUAAAAUGUAUUUAUGACAAUGUGGAUUUAUUGCUUUUCCUGUUAUAUAUUGUACAUAGUUGGUUACAUUUUCCUGUGGUAUUACAUUAUCUGAAAGAAAACAAAAAGUAAAAAUAUUACGAUAAUUUUCCAUCUCUUACAUUGACGAUAGCUGGUACUUAACAUUUAGUAUGUGAUGGCUGUUAUAGUUAAUGUCAAGUAGUUGCCCACAAGUUAACUUUAGCGACAUUUAAAGUCUUCCAACAGUGGAAGCAGCCGUUUUAUGAGCGCAACCAAAAUUUGAGACUGCAGCCUAUCGGAUUACUAGGAAUUGGUCAUAGAGAAAUGAAGGCUGCCAUUUCUUAGUGACACAAUGACCGACUUUACUAUAUGUAGAUGAUAGGUUCCCCUUAACGGGAUCCGGUCAGGAUCCGCGUGGUCGGGAUACCGGUAGUCAUAAUACAAAUGCCGGAAUCCUGACAGGGUCACCAGCCUGGCAUCGGAAUCCCGACCGCCGGGAUCUUGAACGAGCAUCUACUGGGCCUCCAUAGAAGUAAGCCAUGGGGGCAGGGUUAGAUUUACUCAGCGGGGGGAGGGUUAAGAUUAGGCUGCAGGCCAGGAAGGUUAGGUUUAGGCUGCGGGGAGGGGUGGUUAGGUUAGGCACCCCUAGG